CUAUAUAAAUCUGAUCAAGAUAUGAAUUCAAGGGUGCGUAAGAGAGUGGAUGAAGAUGCUAAGUAUAUGAAUCCAAGGGUGCGUCAGAGAGUGGAGGACGUAGUACCAAAGGUUCAAGAGUCAUUGGACUGGACUAGUAUGAGUUACGACCUGACGCUUCAUGUGUUUACUUUACUAGACAACCGCGACCGAGCAAGCUUAGCAUCGACAUGUAAGGCAUGGAGAAGCAUUGGUGCUUCUGCUUAUCUGUGGAGUUCUUUGGAUCUUCGCGCUUACAGGUUUACUCUCUCAGUGGCGGCUUCUCUUGCGAAUAGGUGUGCUGAUCUUCAGAAGGUUAGGUUCCGUGGCCUUCACUCUCCUGCUGCCAUGGUUAAUCUCAAAGCAAAGAAGCUGCGUGAGAUAAGCGGCGAAGGUUGUGAGAAUGUAACAGAUGCUAAACUGUCUAUGAUCAUUGCACGCCACGAAGCUCUUGAGGUCCUUCAGCUUGGACCAGGAUUCGGUGAGAGGAUCACUAGCGAGGCUAUAAAUAUAAUAGCCAUUUGCUGUCCCAAACUUAAAACACUUCGUGUCUCUGGAAUGAGAAAUGUUAGCUCUGAUGCGAUUCUAUCUUUGUCCGAGCAUUGCCCCCAGCUCACUGAUGUUGGGUUCCUAGAUUGUCUGCACAUCCACGAAGUAGCACUUGGAGAAGUGGUUUCUCUUCGCUAUAUUGCUGUCACCGGGACAUCAAAUAUUAACUGGAGAAUUGCUGCUGAGAGCUGGGAGAAGCUUCCUAACUUGACCGGUUUGGAUGUGUCGAGAACCAGCAUUGACCAUGUGGCUGUUUCAAGGCUGUUGACAUCAUCUCAGAGUUUGAAAGUUGUGUGUGCUUUAAACUGUCCUUUGCUCGACAAUGUUGCAGAUUUCGACCCUGAUAGAUUUGGAGGAAAGCUCUUGAUUGCUAUGUUUAACAAUACUUUAAAUGGGAUGACUUCUCUCUUUGAAGAUAACUCAAAGAUGCUAAAGGAAGAAACAAUGCAUUGGCUUGAGUGGAGCCUUUCUCGUAUGCUUCUAAAUUUCGCAGAAAACAAUUUGCUAGGACUGAACAGUUUCUGGCAAAGCCACGGAGCUAAGUUGUUUAUCAGGCUAAUGCAAAGCACACAAGAGGAUGUCCAAGAGAGAUCAACCACAGGACUUGCAGCUUUCAUGCAUGUGGGUGAUGAGGCUGGUAAAAGCGCCGAAGCAGUUAUGCGUGAUGGAGGCAUCCCAGUUCUGUUAAAACUUGCUAAAUCAUUGAAUGAAGGCUUUCAGUCUGAAGCUGCAAAGGCUAUUGUGACCUUGUCUUUAAAUCCUGAUACUGCAAAGGCCGUUGCUGAAGAAGGAGGGGUCAAUGUUCUUCUUGGUUUAGCAAAGUCUAAGAAUAGACUUGUGGCUCAAGAAGCUGCUGAGGGACUGUGGAAUCUCUCCCUUGGAGACGCAUACAAGGCUAUUGCUGAAGCUGGAGGAGUGAAUGUGUUAAUGGAGCUUCUCUCUAGAUGGUCAUAUGGCUAUGGUAGACUUAUGGAGCGUGCUGCUGGUGCAAUAGCCAAUUUAGCAGGAGACGACAAGUGCAGCAUGGAAGUUGCAAGAGCAGGAGGUGUGCAUGCCUUGGUGGGGCUAGCUCGAGACUGCACGUAUGAAGGAGCAAAAGCACAGGCGGCUCGUGGUUUGGCCAAUCUGGCUUCUUAUGAUGAUAGCAACAUUAACAAUGCUUCUAUUGGACAAGAGCCUGAUGCCUUGGAAACUCUUCUUAUGCUGACGAGAUCGCAUCAUGGUGGUGUUAAACAGGAAGCUGCUGGUGCUCUUUGGAGAUUGGCAUACGACGAAAAGAAUAGAGAAUUGAUUGCUUCGUUGGGUGGUGUUGAAGCCUUGGUGGAACUUGCCAGGUCCUGCAUUCAUGAACCAUGGGUUCUGCAAGAGAGUGCAGCUGGUGCCCUCUGGGGUCUAGCACACUCAGACGAACAAAGCACUGAAAUUGGAAAACAAGGUGGUAUACCUCCUCUUAUUGCUCUUGGAAAAUUUAACGCUGGAGGUGUACAUGAAAAUGUUGCAGGAGCUCUGUGGACUCUUUCUUUCAAUCAUGGUAAUGCUGUUCGCAUUGUGGAGGACAGAGGAGUUCAAAUGCUUGUUCGCAUCUGUACUUAUUCUGCUUCCAAAUUGGCUCGUUUCCUGGCAUCAUUAGCAUUAGCAUACAUCUUUGAUGGAAGCUUGGAUGAUAGACCAAAACGUACAUCAAAAAGUGUUUGCUCGGCUAAAGUUAGAACAAGCGCGCUUAAAUGUAUUGAAAGUUUCAUCAAAAAUUUCAAGGUUCCACAAAUCUUUGCAAGUGCUGCUUCAUCAACUACUCCAUCUAUGUUAGCGCAAGUCUCGGAGAAACUUCGUAUCCCAGGAGCUGACAACUUGAGAUGCAGUGGUGAAGAAAUUGGAAGAAUUGUUACAAUGCUGCAAAACCCUUCUCCUGAACUCAAAAAUUUUGCAGCCUUUGCGCUUCUUCAGUUCACAAUACCGGAAGCUAGUCAUGCUAAGCAUAAUGCAAGCUUGAUGCAUAACGAUGGACAUGUGAGAAACUUGCGUUCUGCUGCUGCAGCUACGAGAAUAUCUAGUAAAGCUAAUACUUUUCUGAAAAUCGUGCUGCGCAACCUUGAGCAUUAUCAGUCAGAAUGUUCAAAAGAAAAUAAAUAAUCUUCUCAUAAGAGUAAUUGAGCCUUUGUAAUAGCAUUUGUU